GAGAAGAGACCUCUAGACGCCGCACUUAUUGGAGCAUUCAGUCUAGCAAAAUGGUUCCUUAAAGUUUGGGUCCAAUUCCGCUGGAACCAUCUUAAAACUUCAGGGAGUGUUUUCGUUUGUGCGUGGUUUUGCCUAUUCACGCGCCAAGUAUUCGAUGAAAUGCCUGAGAUUAAUUGGCUAGGAUCCUUUUCGUUUUUGUUCGAAUCCACUGUGUAAUGUGGGAAGUUGGGAUGCUGUAAUGUUUCAAUGGCUAUUAGAUCGCUCUCUCAAGUCAGAUCCUUUCGCUCUCUCUUCCACUCACUCUACAACCCCAUAUCCCUUCGCUUUUCCUCCGUCGCUGAAGAACAGUUUGACUGUCCAUCACCAGAACUUGUGAACCAAAUCGCUCGCAUUCUCGGUGAUCAUAGAAAUCCCAACCAUGACUUGGAGUUUUCCCUCAAUACCUUCUCAUCCAAAAUUUCCAAGAACUUGGUUGAACAGGUGUUGAAACGCUGCAAGAAUCUUGGGUACCCUUCUCAUAGAUUUUUUGUCUGGGCUAGAAGCAUUCCGGGUUUUCAACAUAGCUCAGAAAGCUACCGCAUUUUGGUUGAUAUACUGGGAAGUAGCAAGCAGUUCGCUAUUUUAUGGGAUUUCUUGAUAGAAAUCAGAGAGUCUCGACAGUUUGAGAUAAGCCCAGAAAUUUUCUGGAUUGUUUUUAGAGCGUACAGUAGAGCGAAUCUGCCUGGCGAUGCUAUCAGGGCUUUUGAUAGAAUGGUUGAGUUUGGUAUCCAGCCUUGUAUUCAUGAUCUUGAUCAGCUUCUUUAUGUAUUAUGCAAAAGAAAGCAUGUGAAACACGCCCAACAAUUCUUUGAUAGACUUAAGCACCGGUUUGAGCCAAGUGCAAAAAGUUAUAGCAUUUUGAUGAGAGGUUGGGGUGAUAUUGGUGAACCAAGCAAGGCACAGAAGGUGUUCGACGAAAUGCUUCAAAGAGGUUGUUCUGUUGAUGUUCCUGCAUAUAAUAGCUUAUUGGAAGCCUUGUGCAAAGGACGGAAUGUAGAUGAAGCAUAUAAUAUUUUCAAAGAGAUGGGUUCUAAGGGAAUUGAGCCGGAUGCUUGUAGUUAUUCAAUCUUUAUUCGUGCAUAUUGUGAAGAUAAUGAUCUUCAUGGGGCUUUUAGGGUGCUUGAUAGGAUGAGAAGAUGCAAUCUUGUGCCUAAUGUUUACACUUACAAUUUCAUUAUCAAGAAGCUUUGCAAGAAUGACAAGGUGGAUGAGGCGUAUGAGCUUCUAAAUGAGAUGUUGGAGAGUUGGGUGAGCCCGGAUGUAUGGAGUUACAAUACAAUUAUGGCUUACCAUUGUGAACACACUGAAGUUAAUAGGUCUCUUAGAUUGAUCUCUAUAAUGGAGGAACAUAAAUGCUUGGCAGAUAGACAUACUUAUAACAUGGUCUUCAAGUUACUUAUUAGAGUUGGGAGAUUUGAUAGGGCCACAGAAUUGUGGGAGAGCUUGCCGGACAGAGGCUUUUUCCCUUCAGUGUCAACAUAUGCUGUCAUGGUUCAUGGGCUGUGUAAGAAGAAAGGGAAACUAGAGGAGGCAUGCAGAUAUUUUGAGAUGAUGAUUGAAGAAGGCAUACCUCCAUAUUCUGCAACUGUUGAACUUUUAAGAAACCGGCUUUUAGGAUUAGGAUUAUUGGAUAAUAUUGAGAUACUAGCAGAUAAAAUGGCGCAGAGCACCUCUUGUUUGAUACAAGAGUUUGCAAGUGCAAUGAGAGGUAAAGUGAACCCUGGGAGAUCAAGAAUUAGUGAAGAAUCGGACAUUGAAAGCGAUUAAGAACUAUGAGGCCCUACGUACCAUGUUUCAGACUAUCCAACUUCCCUUAAGAUUGCAUUACUAUUUCUUCCUUCUUGAUAGAAAAUUGUGGCUUAUGGUAGUUUUUAAGGAAAAUAGAAGCCUACCUUUGAAAUUCGAUGGGGUGCAUGGUGCAUACUCUAGAAUGAAGGAAAGACAAGCAUUGCUAGGAGUAAGAUAAAAUGAAUGAAGUGAGGAUUAUUUUUUACAUGUUGCAAAGUAGAGUCCUUUACAUUAAACUUGCAAGUUAAAUAAGAAUGAAAAGAGGUGCAAAAA